CCGCAGGCGGUGACUUCGGCAGCUCCGCAAAACUUAAACACAGACUGUCACAGUCAAGAGUAGCAACCAGCAACGCCGAGAGCAUUUCUGUUGUAUGACGGUACUUUGGGGAAAUUACCUGACAUCAUUUUUAACUAAAGAGACAGGUAACAACAUAUGUAUGCUGCUUUAAUUACUCUAUCUUCAGAAUGAAAAGUAAAACAGAGGCAGCUUCGGGCUCCUGACAACCUCGGAGAAAGCUAACUUAGCUUAAAGCUGAAAACAAACUUAAGUUAGCUUAGCGCUAGUUGUUAGAAGUUAGUUGGGGAUUCUUUGUCGGUUACUCUUGUGAUUCAGUAGCUGUUUACCGCACCGACGCUGACAUAUCAGGUUAAUUUAGCAUUAACACCAUCGAGAGCUGAAAGCUCUGAACUCAAGUCGAUAUCCAAAGUAUUUAACGUGGCUUUCAGCCGACUUUAGCUGAAUCAAAAGGAUUUCUGUUGAACGGAAAUAAACACUGGACAUUAACUCAACGUCACCUAUAUCAAGGACCUGAAUGGCCUCCGUUGUUGCAGUGAAAACUGAGAAGCGACCUGCAGCUGAUUCUCAGGAUGCAGACUCCAAUGCGAAAAAGCCCAGGAUUUGGGAAGCACCACGUUUGGAACCAUCAUCACUCAAUCUCUGCCUGCCCCAAAGGAAACUGCUGCCCAGCCUGAAGACCAAGCGAGCCCCCGAGCUUGUCCUGGUGAUUGGCACGGGGGUGAGCUCUGCAGUGGCCCCUCAGGUCCCUGCGCUCCGCUCCUGGAAGGGCCUCAUCCAGGCAUUGCUUGAUGCAGCCAAUGACUUUGAUCUGCUGGAGGAGGAGGAGAGUCGGCGUUUCCAGAAGCACAUGCAGGAAGAUAAGAAUUUGGUGCAUGUGGCCCAUGACCUCAUUCAGAAACUUUCCCCGAGAACUGGCAAUGUGCGAUCCACAUUCUUUAAGGACUGUCUAUACGAGGUGUUUGACGAUUUGGAGUGCAAGAUGGAGCACGCAGGGAAACAUUUACUGCGCUCAGUGCUGCAGCUGAUGGAGAGCGGCGCGCUGGUGCUCACUACUAACUUUGACAACCUACUUGAGAUCUAUGCAGCUCACCAGGGCACCAAGCUGGAGUCCUUGGACCUGACAGAUGAGAAGAAGGUGUUAGAGUGGGCUCAGGAGAAACGGAGGUUAAGUGUUCUGCAUAUCCACGGCGUUUACACCAACCCCAGCGGUAUCGUGCUGCACCCUGCAGGCUACCAGAAUGUACUGAGGAACACUGAAGUUAUGCGUGAGAUCCAGAAGCUCUACGAGACCAAAUCUUUCGUGUUUCUCGGCUGCGGGCGCACAGUAGACGACACGACCUUCCAGGCUCUGUUCCUGGAGGCAGUCAAACACAAGUCCGACCUGGAACACUUCAUGCUCGUGCGGCGAGAGGACGUGGGGGAGUUCAAGAAGCUGCGCGACAACAUGCUAGACAAGGGCAUCAAGGUCAUCUCCUAUGGAGAUGAGUACGCUGACCUGCCUGAGUACUUUGAGAGGCUGGCCAACGAGAUCUGCAACCGCGACGUGUCUACCAACGGCUGGGGAUCUCCUUCUCAGAAUGGGGAAGAACAGCAGAACGGCUUUAACACACAGAAAAGCCUCCUUCAAGACCAUCAUUCUUGACAGGCACACAGUCGGGAUCAGUAUCAGUCAUUUUCCUCCACAGCUCCGUCGAGAGAUCAGUCUACUCUGAGUAGUACUCGAGUCUGAUUUCAAUCAGUGGAUUUAGGAAUCCAGGAAAACUAUGGGCCAUGGGAGACCUUAAAGCCGUUGUCAGUAUUUCACAGGUUUCUGUGAUUUUCCUUCAUUAAUUCUUUUUUUAAAAGGGAAAUGAGAAGUUUAAAGUAACCGUCAACGCUGAUACCCAACCUCACAGUUCCACUGCACUGUAUUUAAAUGAUGCUCAACAUUUGGGAAGCUGCAUUAAAAGGAAGUUUUAAAUAUACAGGUGAUGGAAUGGUUUGUUCUCAUUUCAACUUUACAAAAAUUACAGACAUGAGUCCACUGACAGAAGUUGAUUGUGCUACAUUGAUUCAUUGUUUAGAUUUGGAUUACAACGAUGCAAUCAAACAGACUGCAUCACCUUGACCUACCUGCCCUGUAAGAAAAGUCUUAGGUGCAGGCUGUAACGCACACCACAUCCUCUUAACUCAAAGCAAUCUUGUGUUGAUAUGUAAGGACUGUAUCUGUCAUGCUCGACCCUGAAACCAGUAAAACUUGAUUUGCACACUACUGGACGGGGGAAUGGGUGGAAAUAUUUCUCUCAGUGAUGGAUGGUUACUUGGUUUGCAAAUACAUUGUUAUGAUUCUGUCCUCUAAUGUUCAGAAGAUUAUGUUUUCAUAGCAGAGAGGCUCCCAGCCAGUAGCAAUCACUUUGCCACUCCUUUGCUGAAAAUGUUCUUUGUAAACCUUUUUUGUAUUUUUAAUACCUGCAUGUGUUUUCUGACAUAGUAUUUAUAAGUACUAUUUUCAAAAUAAAGCUUUUGGUAUCCCAUUUGUCCUGUCGUGUUUACAUGUCUUAUGACGAUCAUACCGGAGCGAUCUGUAAUGGAACUAGAGAGCAUGUGCCCCUGCAACAUAUGACAGAGCGAGUUCCACUUUACAGGCUGUCAUAGCAUAUAGCAGCUUUAUUUAGAAAUGUUUACAUUCUCAUAAAUUAGCUCAAAUCAUCUUUAUAACUUUUGAUUCUCUCAUAUUGCACUACCACAAAUUAAAGGGGGCUAGAUAUAUUUAAGACAUAUUUCCUCUUCCAAAUGAGGAGUGUAUCAGAGGGGGGGGGGG